UUCGCUCAGACCUAUCACAUUUCCAUGUGUAUCUAUCCUUGCCUAUUGACUACUCCUACAAAGAUCUUUGCGCGCAUGGACUCCUUUCUGAUCUGAUCCCACAUCUAUCCCAAAGUAAACAAACCUUUCCCUCUCACAUACAAUAUGGACAGGUCACAAACUCCAACCCGCCUGCCUCCAAGCUACGCAGAUGGACCGCCGUCAUAUGUGAACGAAAACCUCGAAGAAGAGCGUUCGAGCAGCAUUCCAUCAAACAACCCGUCCCUCAGAAUGCUGCCUCAGAUCCAGGAUGAUUACAGAUCAGCUUCCCCCUCUACUCGAGGUUCUCCAGACAGAUAUCACCGACCUGCAGCUUCAACAGCCUACAGCUCCCGGCCCGGCUCAAGUCUGGGUCGUCCCCCUUCAAUACCUCCCCCGGCGGCUCAUACUCGGUCUCCCAUAAGGCCAUCCACCCCUUCACGCAUAUCGACAGAUUGGGCGAGAACCACAGCUUCUACUGUAUCAUACGAACCCGCAGACCUCAAUGGAAGUCCUCGGCCAGGCACACCCUCCUCCCAAUAUGGCGGAAGCCCACGGAGGCCUCUUCCCCCAGCUCCUCUUUUUUCAGUAAAAGGCGGUGCGGCCGAGACAACAAUACCUAUGCCCGAACCAGAGUCAGAGAACGACGUCUUUGGUGAUGGCGCUUCGAUCAUGCCAGAUCACGACCCUAGGAUGAGUCUGAAAUCCGCACAUUCAUACACAAGUGAAUCCACGUUCACGGAAGAGGACGAUGUAGCAGAUGAGAAGUCCGGCUACUAUGGGCCUGCUCCAGAAGGAAAACAAGACCGACGCGGAUUGCGAGAAGCACAAAUGACACGAAAGGAGGUCCGACUGAUCAAUGGAGAGUUGAUUCUAGAGUGCAAAAUCCCAACCAUCCUGCACAGCUUCCUACCCCGAAGAGAUGAACGAGAGUUUACCCAUAUGCGGUAUACUGCCGUCACUUGCGAUCCUGAUGACUUUGUAGUGCAAGGCUACAAACUCCGUCAAAACUUUGGCGUGACGAUGCGCGAAACCGAACUGCUGAUAUGUGUGACCAUGUAUAACGAAGGCGAAAUAGAGUUCACCCGGACUAUGCACGGCAUCAUGAGAAACAUCAGUCAUUUUUGCUCAAGAACUAAAUCCAGAACCUGGGGUAAAGAUGGCUGGCAGAAGAUCGUGGUUUGUGUCAUUGCGGACGGCAGACAAAAGGUCCAUCCACGAACGCUAAAUGCCUUAGCUGCUCUAGGUGUAUACCAAGAUGGUAUAGCCAAGAACAUUGUCAACCAGAAAGAGGUGACGGCACAUGUCUAUGAGUAUACGACGCAAGUCUCGUUAGACGAAGGUAUGAAGUUCAAAGGCGCCGAGAAAGGAAUUGUGCCUUGCCAGAUGAUCUUUUGCUUGAAGGAGCAGAACAAGAAAAAGCUCAACUCUCACCGAUGGUUCUUCAACGCCUUCGGUCGCGCGCUGACACCUAAUGUCUGCAUCCUACUCGACGUAGGGACGAAACCAGAUUCCAAAGCUCUAUACCAUCUUUGGAAAGCAUUCGACCAGGACUCGAAUGUUGCCGGAGCUGCAGGCGAGAUCAAAGCCGACAAAGGAAAAGGGUGGAUGGGCCUGCUCAACCCCUUGGUUGCUUCGCAAAAUUUCGAGUACAAGAUGAGUAACAUUUUGGACAAACCAUUGGAAUCGGUCUUUGGCUACAUCACGGUCUUGCCUGGAGCGCUUUCAGCAUAUCGAUACUACGCUCUCCAAAACGAUCCGAGCGGCCAUGGACCGUUAAGCCAGUACUUCAAGGGCGAAACCCUUCACGGGCGAGAUGCUGACGUGUUCACUGCAAACAUGUAUCUUGCAGAAGAUCGAAUUCUGUGCUGGGAGCUCGUUGCGAAACGUGGCGAACGGUGGGUAUUGAAGUUCGUCAAGAGCGCUUAUGGCGAAACUGAUGUCCCUGAUGCGGUGCCCGAAUUUGUCUCACAACGACGACGAUGGCUGAACGGUGCUUUCUUCGCCGCAGUCUACUCCUUGGUCCACUUCAAACAAAUCUGGCAGACUGAUCAUACUCUCGCCCGAAAGAUCCUUCUACACAUCGAGUUCAUCUACCAAUUCAUCUCGCUACUCUUUACAUUCUUCUCCCUGGCCAACUUCUAUCUAACAUUCUACUUCAUCGCCGGAUCAUUGUCUGAUCCAAAAAUGGACCCUUUUGGCCACCACAUCGGCAAAUACAUUUUCGUCGUCCUCCGUUAUGUCUGUGUGCUCCUCAUUUGUCUUCAAUUCAUUCUCAGCUUGGGUAACAGACCUCAGGGAGCGAAGAAACUCUUCUUUGGAACGAUGGUGACGUACUCGAUCAUCAUGGCCUACACGACAUUUGCAUCGUUGUACAUUGUUGUCAAGCAGCUCACGAACCACGCUGACGGCGACAAGGACUCGUACAAGCUUGGUAACAACAUCUUCACCAACCUUAUUGUGAGCACACUGAGCACUAUUGGGUUGUACUUCCUCAUGUCCUUCCUGUACCUCGACCCGUGGCACAUGUUUACCAGUGCGGCGCAAUAUUUUGCUCUCUUGCCAUCAUACAUUUGCACACUUCAGGUAUACGCCUUUUGCAACACGCACGACGUCACAUGGGGCACAAAGGGCGACAAUAUAAUGCAUAGGGAUCUCGGUGCGGCAAAAGCAAUUGGCUCUGGGACUGUCGAAGUCGAGAUGCCGUCCGAACAACUCGACAUCGAUUCCGCGUACGACGUCGCGCUGCGCAAUCUCCGUGAUCGCGUCGAAGUCCCCAAACCAUCGAUCAGCGAAAACCAGCUGCAGGAAGACUACUACAAGUCCGUCCGCACGUACGUGGUGGCGUCGUACAUGGUCUGCAACGCGGUGCUGGCCAUGGCGGUCUCGGAAGCGUACCCGGUCGGUGCGCACCUGGGAUCCAACUUUUACCUGACGUUCCUGCUGUGGUCGGUGGCCGCGCUGGCCCUGUUCCGUGCCAUUGGGUCGUCGGCGUUUGGGGUCAUCAACAUUGUGUCCGCCAUCGCCGAGGGAAGAAUCCAGGCCAAGUUUGAACGCAUCUUUGGCGGCGGCGACGAGAAUGGUCGUCACAAGUCCGGCCUGGGCAGCGGAUUUAGCGAAUCUGGCAAGACGGGCAUGUCGGGCAGUUCAAGCGGUGGCAUGAGUCUGAGUGAUGUUACGAGUAAGAUUGGCGAAAAGUUUACUUGGAUGAGUCGAAAGUGAGUGAGGUUUGUCUCACCGGGUUGAUUGAUGAUGGUGAUGACGAUGAUGAUGAUGAUGAAGAAGUAGGAGAAGAAGGAGAAGAUCAAAAGGAAAAAGAUUUGGUAUGAUGAGAACUUGUUGUAAUGUUGUUGUUGUUUUAGGAUUUGAGCUCACGAAAGGCGGAGUUUUGGGGGACGACGGUGUUCCGACGAAGCAAGUGACAAAUUCAUCAAAGCUUGCCUUGAUCUGUGGAUUUCUUUCCCAACCCUUUCGGAGUCGGUGUACGGUUUUAGAGGAGUGUAUGAGUAUUAUGAAUAUAAAUCCAAAGUUUUUGGACAGUAGACAUUUUCGGAACAAAAGAACUUCUUACUUAGUUACAUGAGAGAGG